AUGGAAUGCACUCAACAGAUACGCACUUUCCUCACCAGCCUCCCGUCGAACGAUGUGGCUUCUCAGGCGCAAGUGGACGGAAGUUUCGCCGCGUCCCUUUUUGAAACUUCUGUUGUAGGCAUGAUAAGAAAAAUCAGUAGCCACCUCAACUCUGCCAUCUCCACACUGCUUCAGCACGUUUACCCUGGCGGCCAUGUUUGGACAUGGAACUCUUCAUUCAACGCAUUGCGCUCCAAUCAAAACCGCAGUGGCUGGUUCCACCACAAAAGGAUAACUGCAACAGAACAGGUGCGUGGAGAGGGAGGGUACGAGGCUGACUUCCACUGGCUGUGGACAUCCUUGCGCGUUCGGACGAGGGUGUGCAGGCAAAACGGGGUGUUCGUCGGGGGAAACACAGGGUUUAAUGGGAGGUCACCUUUCCUCCUCCACGUCAAAUGUUGA